CCGAGCCGAGCCGAGCCGAGCCGAGCCGAGCCCAGCCGAGCCGAGCCGAGCCAGGUAGAGCGGCGCCGAAUCGGGCAGAGCCGCGCCUCACCGAGUCGAGCCGAGCCGGGCAGAGCCGGGACGUGCCGGGGCGCUACCGCCACCACCGCUCCGGAGUGUUCAGCACCGCGGGCACGGACAGCGCCCGCCGCCGCCGGCCAUGGAGGCCGCGCCCGCCUCGCCGCCCCGGGAGCCGCGGCCCGAGGGGACGCGCCGCGGUCGCGACCCCGCCUCGCCCAGGUAGGAGCUGCGGGAUCGGGACAGGGGCGCGGAGCCGGUGCCCCGGCGGGUGGGAACUGCCGCCCUGCCGCCACCCCCGGUUCUGUGUGUGGAAGUCACGAGGUUGUCACCGUGUUUUCCUGGAACCAGGGCCCCCCAGUCCCGCCGAGGUGUGUCCCGUCCUCCCACCGGGAGUGCAGACGGAGUGCCUCGCUGCCUGCCCAGCUGCCCACCCGCGAUUCGGGCUCUGGCGAUGUGGGCUGCCCAGCCGGGGUCCUGGUUGCUCCUGCCCUGGGGCCAGGAACACCAUGCAUAGCUAGUCGUGCCAGGGGGAUUUCCUGGUUUGGCCUCCCGGGCAGGUUUCGAUCCUGCAACAUGGUGUGCUCUCCCUUCUGCAGCAACGGGAGAGCUAUUGUUGGGAAGCUCAGCGUGUUUCAGACAGAGACUUAUUUCAGUCCAAAGAGCUCAUCCAUAAAGCUCCACAUCCCUCAUCCCCUUGUGCCAUAUGCUCCCUUACCUGGUGUCUUAAGGCAGGUUAGCAGCCACAAUCAUCGUUUUCUGAAAACAUCAUCAAGCCCGUAAUCAUGGGCAAGGAGCCAUCCCACAUUCACAAGUACAUUGGCAUUCGUUAGACCAGGGCAACAGACCUAAGCUCUUCAGAUUCUGGUUGACAGAGCACACCCCGAGGUCAGCAGCACACAAAUCCUUUCUGAAAGCCCAAAGGUUCCAUUUCUGUCUGCUACAGGAUAUUCACGCUGUGGGAGCCCCACCCGCCCGGGAGCACUGACGGGGCACUCACUGCUCGUCAGACAGCUCUGAUGUCCCCGGCCAGAGGCUGCCGUGCCUGUGGGUCUGUCUUCAGCAACUCUCACACAAUCCAGCACUGGUUUAGACCUUGCGCAUUCAAUGGGGGCUAAGCUGUCGCUGGAGCCAUUUUCUUUGCUUGUCUGAGUACUCCUUGGCCAUUCAGACAGGUCUUGAAAUGAACACUGCAGCCUGCAAGAGGUAAGUUACAGAAAGUUAAGGCACCUGACACAGGUGUGUUUUGAACUUCACCCUUGCUGCUCACUCAGUCGUAGCUCUGUGGUCUCCACCCUCUGCCCUAGCCAAGGCUCUUCAUCAUCAAUGCUUGCCGCAUGAGCAAAAAACCACAGAUGUCAGAAAACUCCACCUUCCUCCUGGCCUCUUUCAGCCUGGGACACCAAGGUGGGGAUUUUCUUUUCCUCUCCCUUUCCAUUUUGCUCCUUUUUUUUUUUUUUUUUCUUCAAAACAAGGCUUGGCAAACAUGAUUUUCCCAGUGCAGACAGAGCUGUUCUGGCACUGAAGGCUGGAUGGGAACCUUGAGCCCUCCAUGUCUGGCUCUAUCCCAGCACAAACACCUGUACCCACAGCAGCAGCAGCAGCUGCCUGGCGUGAAGGGAAAAACAAAAUGCAGGACCUUGUCAGACCUGCCUUGCCAUGCCAGAGAUUGGGAAUGCUGAGCUCAGCUACAGUGGCACUUCCUGGGAAAAAAUCUGCCCAGUCCAUCACUGCCCCAUUCCUGCAUCCCCUGGGCUGGGAGAAGACAACCUGCCCUCCUCCAGCCACACACUUGGGCCAGUCUCCACCCAGUCCAACGGCCAGGUGCCAUCAAGCUCACAGGACUCACAGCAGCACCACCCAUAUUACCCCUGCAACCAGGAGGAGUCCCGAGGCAGCUACGGCCUGCCCUCGCUCCCCGGGCACGGCGAGAGGCCCGUGCUGUGUUCCCACCUUUCCAGCGGUGAUCUUGUGCCAGCCUCCCACCGCGAGGCCUCGGAAACGCCCUGGAAGCAGUGGUCCCCCGGGCAGCGGCGGCCGGUGCAACAUCACGUUGUCACAGUCAGACAUGACAAAGCUUUCAGGAUGCCAAAAAGUUACUCGCAGCUGAUCGCCGAGUGGCCGCUGGCCGUGCUGGUGCUGUGCUCCGUGGCAGCGGCGAUCUGCACCGCGGCUGGGCUGCUGGUUGGGAACCUGCCUGACUUUUCAGAACCCCUGAUGGGUUUUGAGCCACGGGACACUGACAUUGGCAGGAAGCUCAUUGUGUGGAGGAAUAUCGAGAGCCAUACAGGCUACAAGAAGACCCUUUCCCUUUCUCCCUAUGCCAAGAAGAAAAGCUAUGAUGACCUUGGCAUUGGCAGAGGACAGAAGGCUGCUCAGGGAGAACAAGCAGCGAGGACACGGAGAAUGGUGGAAACCAUCUAUGGAGCGGAUGGAUUCUUCUGUGGUCCCCCAGAAAAGAGCUAUUCCCAGCUGGUAUUUAUGUCCACAACUGCUGGGAGCCUAUGGAACUUGCAAGCAAUUCAGUCUAUGUGUCAAAUGGAACAAGACAAGAUACGCUCCCACGUGCAUUUUAGAGACCUCUGCCAGCGCACUGAAGCCAACGAAUGCUGCCCGAGCUGGUCCCUGGGGAACUACAUUGCUGUCCUGUACAACAGGUCUUCGUGUCUGGAGAUAACCCAAGGAGACAUCUCCCACACCCUGGCCCUGCUCCGUGCCUGUGCUCCAGACUACCACCGAGGUGUCCUCACUCCGUCCUGCAUAGGCCCCGAAGCUGCCAGACAGAAACACUCUCAGUGUGCCCAAGUCCCAGAAAAAUGUACCCGCUUCAAUGCCAUCUACCAGCUGCUUCACUUCCUGGUUGACAGGGACUUUCUCAGUCCCCAGACAAUGGAGUACCAAGUGCCCUCUCUCAAAUACAGCCUGCUUUUCCUGCCUACAAGAAAAGGUGCGUCUAUGAUGGGCAUCUACUUAGACAACCUUGAAACCUGGGAUCUGUUUGAUAACUACACAUCUAUCACUGGAAUGGACCUGGGCCUUAAACAGAAACUAUUCCAGCACUACCUUUUACUCGAUACUAAGUAUCCAGUCCUGGCAAUAUUAGCUAUUUUUCUAAGCAUUUAUUUUUAUUUACGCUCAGUGUUUAUUACCUUGAUGGUCCUGCUCGCUGUUGUCAGUUCUUUGAUGAUCUCCUACUUCUCGUACAAGGUGGCCUUCAGAUUCACCUAUUUCCCUUUUGUAAACCUGACGGCGGUCAUCAUUCUCAGCAGCAUUUGUGCCAACCACACUUUUGUCUUCUUUGACCUCUGGAACCUCAGCAAGAGCCAGAACCCUUCUGCCGGGCUUGCUCAGUGGGUGAGUCAAACCAUGCACCAUUUUGCCUAUCUCAUGCUGGCCUCGUGCUUCACAACUGGUGCUGCCUUCUAUGCCAGCUACAUCAGCAACAUCACGGCCAUCCGCUGCUUCGCUGUCUACAUGGGCACCUCGGUGCUGGUGAACCUGGUUUUCAUGAUGACCUGGCUGCCCUCUUCGGCCGUGCUCUACGAGCGCUACAUCGCAACGACCUGUGUUUACAAGCCAGAAGCCUACUGGAACAACAGCAGCCACAAGAGAGUCGCUCUCUCCGUCCAUUACAUCCUCCGGGCUCUCCAGAACACGCUGUCUGAAACCUCCAAGCUGCUCUUUGAAAAGCUUCUGCCUUGUGGGGUCAUCAAGUUUCGGUACAUCUGGAUCUGCUGGUUUGCUGCCUUAGCCAUAGGAGGUGCUUACAUUUCCUGUUCCAACCCCAAACUCAAACUCCCGACUCUGGAGACAUCGUCCGUCCAAGUGUUCAGGCUGAGCCAUCCCUUCGAGAGGUACGACUCCGAGUAUUGCCACCAGUUCAUGUUUGAGAGGCUGGAGCGCGGAGAAGGGCAGCGUAUGCCUGUCACCAUAGUCUGGGGCAUUCUGCCCGUGGAUAAUGGGGACCAUUUCAAUCCAAAAAGCAACGGCACCCUAGUGACAGACACCACCUUCACCAUCCAAAACCCUGAUGCCCAGAAGUGGCUCCUUGAAUUCUGCCAAAAAGUGAAGAACAAAACUUUCUAUUACCCUGACGCAGAACAGAAAUCUACUGUGUGCUUCAUGGAGGAGUUCCUCAGGUGGAUGAACAGUCGCCAGUGCUCCCAGCGAGACCACAGCUUCAACCUUUGCUGUAACCAGUUCUCCUUCCCUUACAGAAGCGAAGUCUUCCUGCACUGCAUCAAAAUGAUGCUCCUGGAAGAGGGCAGGGAAGGGGCAGAAACGUAUGAUAUGGGCCUCAGGUUUGAUGGGGAGGGAAACGUUGCUGCCUUAGUGCUGCAGUUUCAAACUAUCUAUCAUUAUACCUUCAACUACAGCAGAGCCAAACAAUUCUAUGAGGAAAUCAGCCUCUGGAUAACAGAGGAAAUGAAAACUGCCCCUGUGGGGCUUCAGAACGGAUGGUUUACCAGUAAACUAGAGCUCUACAACCUCCAGCACAGUCUCAGCACAGAAACCAUGGUGGUCAUGGGGCUCUCCAUAGCCAUUUCCUUCGUGGUGCUGCUGCUCACGACCUGGAACGUUCUCCUUAGCGUGUUCUCUGUUACUGCCAUUGCAGGCACUGUCCUGGUAACCACUGGCCUUUUGGUCCUCUUGGAGUGGCAGCUCAACGCCGUGGAGUCUCUCUUCAUCUCAGCUGCAGUAGGUCUCUCUGUUGACUUCACUGUCAACUACUGCAUCUCCUAUCACCUGUGCCCCCAUUCCGACCGCCUGAGCCGAGUGGCCUUUUCCCUGAAGCAGAUGAGCUGUGCCACAGCCAUGGCAGCUUCUGCUCUCUUCUCUGCAGGGGUCAUUAUGUUGCCUGCCACGGUCCUGGCCUACAGGAAGCUGGGGAUAUUCAUCAUGAUGAUCAACUGUAUCAGCUGUGGGUUUGCCAGCCUCUUCUUCCAGUCGCUCUGCUGCUUCUUUGGCCCGGAGAAGAACUGCGGGCAGAUCCUUUGGCCUUGUGCCCACACCAUGAAAGACUACUCUGAUGACUCGGGGCCGAACGGAGACUUUGCCUGUGGGGGCAGCGAGAAGCAAAACCGGUUGCGGAAGGUCCAGGAGUCCAACACUGCAAACGAGCAAUACGAGCUCCAGCCCUUGUCCAGGAAACUCAGUGACAGUUUUGACAACAGCACGUCCACAAGCAAGCUGUCCAACCGGCCCUCUGUGCUCUCUGAAGACAUACAAGUCGAAGACAACAGAUGCCCUCGAGCAGGAACGCACCCCUCCCUGGAAAGAGAGAGACAGAGUCUGCAGGACACGCUCGGAGACCAGCAGGUCAGCCUGUGCCAGUGUCCCGCCUUGCAAACUUCCUCUCCUUACAAGCACAGCACCUCAGAAACAGAAAUUCACAGGGAGAGACUCUGCCGAGAUUGUCGCUGUCGAAAGUACGGUCUGAAAGCAUGGGAUGGGUCUGGGCUGGACCACAUCCAGCCAGCUGGCAUGAAAGAAGAAAGGCAGCUCAAUAAAUCCCAGUGCUCCAGUGACACUGCCCAGCAGCAGUCAGAUUAUACCUCAGACCACAGCCCUCUCCCUGCUGCUGACAUCUACAAAAUCCACAGAUGCCUUUGUUCUCUUGGCAGCUCUUUUGAUAUGCUCAACAUCUCCAGCGAGACGUCAAUCAGCGAUUUUGAGCAAGGCCUGAAGCUCGCUGAAUCAGCCAGUUCCUGUCCCGAUGCCUUAGAGCUGUCUGACUCCUACAGCAACGCAGAGCGAGGUUACCUGAACGGCAAGAGAGAUACCCUGCGGCUGGACCUGAGGGAGACUGUCUUUGAUGUCUCUCCGGCUGCAUCACAGCAGAACAGCUCUUCAUGGAAAAAUCGGUUCGGGUUGGGGAACGAAGGGCCGGUCGUGCUGCCCAACAGCCAGCCAGACAUGCCUGACGUUUGGAUCAAACGAUCCAGUGCACAAAGUUCUGGUUACAACAGCUGAGACCUCGCAGAGAGCAAAGCUGCUGCCAGGGAAAGGGGAAGCCUGAAUGUCCUUAGAGCUGUAAAUACCAAUUUUUCUCCUCCCACCUCUCCUAGAGCUGAGACUGAGACUAUUUCUUAGUAUUUCAGCUGUGCAAAACGUGUGUUUUCACAGGAAUCAGCAGAUCUGAUGCCAGUGAGAGGAUGUGAGAGCCAUCCUGAUGGACUACAAGCCCUUUGACUUCCAGUGUGUGGUGCCAUGUUCACAGCUGUUCACAGGACUUACCGAGUACACCUGGUUUGUCAUUUCCUACAAGGUGAUUAGGUUUUGUUUGCUUGAGAUAAAUAACGAGGCAAAGCUCCCCAGGUAUUUAAUGACAGAGAAAGAGAGCUCAUGUUAAAAAAAAAAAAAAAUUAAAAAAAUCCCAAAACUGAACUACUGAAAAUCUAGGUAUCAAGUGAAGUGUAUUGUGAAUAAUAAGACAUAAAGUAUUUCAUUUUCUAUUUUAUGCAAAGUCCAGAUCUACAGACCCCAUCAAAAUAGCUCAGAUAUUAUAAAAAAGUCCUGUCAAGACUUCUGAGUUGACACAGCCUCUUUCUGACCAUGGAAGAGGCUGCAGAAUCCAGCCCAAAUAUAUUUCCAGUAACAACUUCUGUUUGUUUUAUCUGAAGGAAUUCUAAUACUGCCAAAGAUUUUCAGUGUGAAUUUCCCCCUUGAGGGAUUAAGUCCUUGUCCCCCCCAGACUCAUGUGCCUUGUUGUGUCCUCUUUACACAGUGUUUCCACUCAAGGCAUUCCCCUCAAACAUGUAACUUUUUAAAAUUCACAUAUCUGGUAAAUCUUGAAAUUUAGGGUUUUUCCCCCUCUACGAGAAACAAACAGGAAAACAAACAUUUAUUUGCCCUUAUUUGUUGAAAAAUAAAACAUUCUCUCUACAAGUUGACAUACAAUAAAUGCUUAUAACAAC